GCCCGGCAGGUGCGGUGGCCCCUCGGCGUGGCCCGAGCCGUGACGGCCCCUGCUCCCCGGAGCUGCCAUGGAGCGGAGGCUCCGCUGGGACCUAGCCAGGGCCUGCUGCUCCCUGCUGGCCGCGCUCUGCGCCCUGCGCUGGGCCGCCGCCGAAGCCAGCAGCGGCCGGAGUUGGCUAAAAGCAUACGGCUAUUUGCUUCCCUCUGAAAGCCGAAUGUCUGCCCUGCACUCAGGAAAAGCUAUGCAGUCUGCAGUUGCCACUAUGCAACAAUUUUAUGGGAUCCCAGUAACAGGAAUGUUGGAUCAGACAACUAUUGAAUGGAUGAAGAAGCCUCGAUGUGGGGUUCCUGAUCAUCCCCAUAUAAGCCAUAGCCGAAGAAAUAAGCGAUAUGCGUUAACUGGACAAAAAUGGAGGCAGAAGCAUAUAACAUACAGUGUACACAACCACACCCCCAAGGUUGGAGAGCUUGAUACAAGGAGAGCCAUUCGUCAGGCAUUUGAUGUUUGGCAGAGAGUGACGCCAUUAACCUUUGAAGAGGUCCCUUAUCAUGAAGUUAAAAGUGACAGGAAGGAAGCAGAUAUCAUGAUAUUUUUUGCUUCUGGUUUCCAUGGAGACAGUUCUCCAUUUGACGGAGAAGGUGGAUUCCUAGCCCAUGCUUACUUUCCUGGACCAGGAAUAGGAGGAGAUACUCACUUUGAUUCAGAUGAGCCAUGGACUUUGGGAAAUUCUAAUCAUGAUGGGAAUGAUCUCUUUCUGGUUGCCGUCCAUGAGCUGGGUCACGCCCUGGGCCUGGAACACUCCAAUGACCCCAGUGCUAUCAUGGCUCCUUUCUACCAGUACAUGGAAACACACAACUUUAAACUCCCACAGGAUGAUCUCCAAGGAAUUCAGAAAAUCUAUGGUCCACCUGCUGAGCCACUGGAGCCCACCAGACCUUUACCAACUCUUCCUGUGCGCAGGAUUCAUUCCCCUUCGGAAAGGAAACAUGAAAGACAGCCAAGACCCCCCAGGCCACCUUUAGGUGAUAGGCCAUCAACUCCAGGCAUGAAACCCAACAUCUGUGAUGGCAACUUUAACACUGUGGCUCUGUUUAGAGGAGAAAUGUUUGUUUUCAAGGAUCGUUGGUUUUGGCGUCUGCGCAACAACCGAGUGCAGGAGGGGUAUCCCAUGCAGAUUGAACAGUUCUGGAAAGGCCUUCCUGCAAAGAUUGAUGCUGCCUAUGAGAGAUCUGAUGGGAAAUUCGUUUUCUUUAAAGGCGAUAAAUACUGGGUUUUCAAGGAAGUGACAGCAGAGCCAGGGUACCCACACGGCCUGGUGGAGCUGGGAAGCUGUCUCCCCCGGGAAGGCAUCGACACAGCUUUGCGAUGGGAGCCAGUAGGCAAAACCUAUUUCUUCAAAGGCGACAAGUACUGGCGCUAUAACGAGGACAAGAGAGCGACUGACCCAGGAUACCCAAAGCCCAUCACUGUGUGGAGGGGAAUCCCACAGGCCCCACAAGGAGCGUUCAUCAGCAAAGAAGGCUUUUAUACCUACUUCUAUAAAGGGAAGGAGUACUGGAAGUUCGAUAACCAGAGGCUGAGUGUGGAGCCAGGCUACCCCAGGUCAAUCCUCAAAGACUGGAUGGGCUGCAACCAAAAGGAAGUUGAACAAAGCAAAGAGAGACGCUUCCCCCACGAUGAUGUGGAUAUUAUGGUGACAAUCAAUGAUGUGCCUAGCACUGUAAAUGCAAUUGCAGUAGUUAUCCCUUGCAUCUUAUCUCUGUGUAUCCUUGUCUUGGUAUAUACCAUCUUCCAGUUUAAAAACAAAGAAGUGCAGCAAAACGUUACCUAUUACAAACGACCUGUCCAGGAAUGGGUAUGACACGUUCACCUGCACAUUUCAGCUCAGAGCUGCGCAAAUGAGUUCCGAAGUCCAUCAAACAAAACUGUUCAAGCGACUUAUUAUGAGUCAUGGGAGUUCUGGGACUGAAAGAAGCAGGAAAUACAGAGGUGGCCUUGCAGAGUGGAGCCUCUUUCCUUCUUACUGCCUCAGUCAUGUGUCUGUCUUGCUGUGCCAUUCUCCACAGGCCCCCUUGUGCGUGUCAGAGACUGCAAGAGGAAUUUUCUUGAAAUGUUUUUCAGCUGACUUGGGAAACCUUCUUCAGUGCCCUGCUCCAGUGGUCUCUGUUAAACCCAGCAUUCUCCAGUGUAGCUAACCACCUCUAAAUGGACCAGGUUUUUUACAGUUGUCUCAUAAAUGAAUUAAGAUAAUUAAAUCUAUGAAACGGGAACAAUUCAGUAUCUUAAGGAGAAGACAUGCUGAUGCUGAAUCAUUCCAAAAGAUCUUCUUAGUUUAUUACAAGAACCAGGGAAUUACCUGGAUGCAAUUUUCCAAUACCUGCUGGUCAGAUGUUUUGUACAUUCAUAAUAAUUGAUGCCGUCACUCAGCACAGUGCACAAGGAGGAGGUAAUUCGGUGUAGGCCAGGAGUUCAAGGAACUCUUAACUAGAUAUAGUAACAGCAACUCCUCAGUUGAGUUAGUCCACAAGACAAAGACCAAAACACUCCCUACUGUUAACACAGCCCUAAAUGCUUUUGUUUUAGGAACCUCUCAUGUAAUGAAUAUUUAAAUGUCAUAUUACCACUAUUUGAAAUUCCCAUCAGUCACAAACAAUAAAUUGUUACCAAAACAAUGAACAAUUUAUAUAAGAACUCUGCUGUA